AUGCUUUCUUUACUGUCAAGCAACUUAUCCUGGAACGAAGAUCAACUUGAACAAGUCGGAUUACAACACUCAAGUUCACGUCAGAAUGCAGGGCUAAAUUCUCCAUUGGGGACCGGACGGGAUACGUUGGGAGACAAUGAUCACACGAUCACCAACCAAUGGGUCUCAUUCUUGCUCCGCGAAGCCAAUGCGGCUAGUCCCACUACAACCCCCUCUCCAACCUAUCCCUCAACUCACCAUCCACCGUCAGUAACCCCUCGAGGUCUCCCAUCUCCACCCGCAAAUCACCUGACGGCGUCAAAUUACCUUCAUCGCCUGGAUCCACUCUAUCUACUCUAUCCACUCCGACUCGACCAACUUCUGAAUCUUCAUAAGCAUCAUAUCUUUUUGCAGUGA